AUGCUUAAUACAUCAAAUAUUAAGUCAAAUUCGUCACAAAACUUUUCCAAAGAAAAAGAGCAUCUUUCAGAUAUUGUAAAAGACCAUUUUAACAAUCCGAGAAACAUAGGCUCUUUAAAUCCAAAUGAUGAUUCUGUAGGCACCGCCACUGUUGGUAAAGCUGCGUGUGGAGAUGUCAUAAAGCUGUUUAUCAAAGUUGAUGAUGGUAUAAUUAAAGAUGUCAAAUUUAAAGCUUUUGGCUGUGGAAGUGCUAUAGCCUCUUCCUCUUACGCCACUGAACUCAUCAAAGGAAAAACAAUAAAUGACGCUUUAAAACUGAAAAAUAAAGAUAUCAGCGACAAGCUGGCUUUAGAACCGAUUAAGAUUCAUUGUAGUCUGCUAGCUGAAGACGCAAUAAAAAUAGCAAUCAGAAAUUACUUAUCAAAAGCAAACAACAAGAAAAUGAUAAAAGAAUAG